AUGGUGUACGCGACCAUCGACGUGCUCGUCUUGGACGCCCUACGCCACCUGCAAACCGUGGAGAGGAACAGCACGCUGAGGCAGUACACCUCGUGGAUUUAUCACUACAAGAGGUGGGCGGCGAAGAUGUUGAAGCAAAUUCGCAACAAGCUUCCGCAGGAGUACAGGCUUAAGCACGUCAACGAGAUUGGGCACUACAUCCGGGACAACAAGAAGAAAAACUGGGACCAAGAGGCCGAUGUACCCCGGUCGUAUGUGUGGCUGCACGGCCCUAGGGUCACCAAGUCCUGGCUUCGCGCAUACGUGAAGUACAUGGUUCGGGAGUUGAAUCUCGAUGCCGAGUCCAGCAAGAAGGGCGACAACGCCACAGGAACACAGCUUGUGCAAUCUACAACGGUGCACACGCUCCUCGGGCGCAUAAAGGCAUGCCAGAUGCCGGCGAGAGUGGAGGCGACGAUGUACCGGGAGACGGAGCUGAGCAUCAUGCAAGAGAUAUCGGUAGUCAGGUCGGAGGUGUGGUUCAUGAUCCGCACCAAGAACGAGCGGGACAUCAAGAACUGCACCGAUCGGCGUCGCGGAACAAUUGGCGAUACCUACACCGCCGAGCAGUUCCGCCAGAUCAUGUUCAGGGUGCUGCCGACGUGGGCGGCCAAGGCGUGGAACCCGCAGGGUACGGGCCCGUCGCAGACGCUAUGGCGGUUUCUGCUAUUGAAGGUGCUCACGCUACUCUCCCACCACUCUCUUCUGCGCGAUGCAAGCAUCCGCGAGAUCACGCUCCCCGAUAUAUUCUUGUACCGAUUGGCGAGCACCUCGUCGGUGAACCCGGAGAACCAGCCGGUCGUCAUGGUCAUCGCUGCGCGGAACUCGAAGACGUCCAAGGAUGCGCGUCUGCAACAGAGCUACGCUGCGCGGCACCUCGAAGCGGAGUUGUGCGCCGUCGGCGAGACGGGCCUGUGGUUGCACUUCAUCCUCGACCAGAUCGGCCACCACCAACGCUGGACGCGGCAGUUGUGGGACAAAAACGGGGUCUUCUGCAAGAGGAACGUGCACGCCGCUCGAGCCGGAGGGGCCCAGGAGCUGGCCAUCGACGGCACGCCGCGCGCCGAGAUCGCGGAGCUGGGUCACUGGGCGCUCGACAAGAUGACGCGAGCGUACAUCACCGCCAUUCCGGUGGGGGUGGUGAUGAAGAAGGCCGGUUACUCUGGUUACAAGCACGACUACUUCUUGGGCCGGAGCAGGGUGGAGCCCUCCGAUAAGCUCUUGAAGCUCCUCGCCGAGCACAUCUUCCCCGGCGUCGACGACAUGUUGAAGACGGUAUGUUACUUCCGCUGCGAAUCUGUGUUCGGCACGCCCCGUGACGUGCCCCUUACCCUACGGCCCCGUCGCCUACCUGCGGCCCUACGGCCCCGUCGCCUACCUGUGGCCCUACGACCCGUUGCCUACCUGCGGCCCCGGCCCCGUCGCCUUCCUGCGGCCUCGGCCCCGUCGCCUACCUGCGACCUCGGCCCCGUCGCCUACCUGCGGCCCUACGGCCCCCUCGCCUACCUGCGGCCCUACGGCCCCGUCGCCUACCUGCGGCCCUACGGCCCCGUCGCCUACCUGCGGCCCUACGGCCCCGUCGCCUACCUGCGGCCCUACGACCCCGUCGCCUACCUGCGGCCUCGGCCCUGUCGCCUACCUGCGGCCCUACGGCCCCGUCGCCUACCUGCAGCCCUACGGCCCCGUCGCCUACAUGCGGCCCUACGGCCUCGUCGCCUACCUGCGGCCCCGGCCCCGUCGCCUUCCUUCGGCCCCGGCCCCGUCGCCUACCUGCGGCCCCGGCCCUGUUGCCUACCUGCGGCCCCGUCCCCUACCUGCGGCCCCGUCGCCUCACUACGGCCCCGGCCCUGUCGCCCACCUGCGGCCCCGGCCUCGUCGCCUAACUGCGGCCCCAGCCCCGUCGCCACCUGCGGCCCAGUCGUCACCUGCGGCCCCGUCACCUGCGGCCCCGUCACCUGCGGCCCCACCGCCACCUGCAGCCCCGUCGCCCACUUCGGCCCCGAUGCCACCUGCGGCCCCGCCCACUUGCGGCCCCGACCCUGCCCCGGCCAUGCCCCGUCGCCAGCCGCGGCACACCGGGGGCACGUGCACCGCCCCCCCCCCCCUUUUCCCGUCACCCGUCGCGGCUCCUUCAGAGGCCGACCUAGAAGGGGGGGGCAGGCGUCGCCCCCUCUGCCGCCUGCUUUGGCGCCCGGGGAGGCCUACUGCAACAUAUCCCUCAAGGCGAAGCUGACGAAGGAGAUGGAGCGUGCCGCGAACGAGAAGAUUGACUUCCUCGAGGAGCUCGAGAAGCGCGACGACACCAUCGCGUCUCUCACCGUCGAGAUAACCCGUCUCACCGAGGCACUCCGGGUGUCAGAAGCACGGAGAGUGCCGGAGGCCCCGCCGUGUGCUACCGCGCAAGGUCCCAGUGAGGGUGGCUCGGCGGAUUCGGCCAACAUGGGAGCCGGCGCCGACGGAGGGGACGACAAACCCCCGCCACCCCCACAGACGGACGUGGAGGCUAGUUACGAGCUCAACGUGGUACAACCGUGGCGGGAGGCCAAGACCCCUGGUUUGGGAGUCAAGGGGCUGGGCCCCAAGGUGGUGUCGAAGGUACGCCUCGCCUGUGCGCUUGUGACGCUCAACUUGAAGCAGAUUGAUUGGAUCGAAACCUUGUUUCCAGACACGUGGGAGGAGCAGAUGCCAAAGACCAAGGCCGACCUGGCGAAGCCGACGGCCCCGGCCAAGUCGACAGCACCGGCCAAGCCGACCGCUCCGGUGCACCGUCCUCCGAUCAAGCGCAAGAAGUCGGCAUGA